UCUCUCCCUCUUUCAUUGCUUCUCAUUAUUCUCUGCCUUCACUUCACUCACUUCCUGAACUACAAUAUGACUGAGUGGCCCAACUCGGAGCUUACUGCUAACUCAACAUCUCCAUCGUCAUCAUCAUCUUCUUCUUCUGCUUCUUCAUCAUCGUCUGGAUUUUCUCAACCAGACGCUUAUGCUAAGAAAACCGACCUCGUAUCAGGCGCCAACGCGACCAAACAGAGCAAACGACCAAGGGAGAGUAGUAGUAGGCAUCCGGUAUUCAGAGGGGUCCGAAUGCGAACAUGGGGCAAAUGGGUAUCCGAGAUCCGAGAACCGAGAAAAAAGAACCGGAUCUGGCUUGGUACUUUCUCCACUCCUGAAAUGGCGGCACGUGCACACGACGUGGCAGCAUUGAGCAUCAAAGGCUCCUCCGCCAUUCUCAACUUCCCUGAACUCGCUGGGUCCCUCCCCCGCCCGGCCUCCAACUCUCCCCGCGACGUCCAAGCCGCCGCUGCCAAGGCCGCUUCAAUGGAACUGCUCAAUACUCAGCAACAACAACAAUUAUCCUCAAUGUCACUGUCACUGUCCACAACAACUUCAACUUCAUCCUCGUCGAUAGUGGAAGCAAGUGACGUGUCGACCCCGGAAGAGCUGACUGAGAUAGUGGAGUUACCGAGUCUAGGAACGACUUACGACUUGAGUGAGUGUGGGAACGAGUUGGUAUUUGUUGACUCGUGGUACGAUUACCAUUAUUAUUAUGAUGAAGAAGGUUGUUGUGGGGGAGAGUAUUUUAAUACAACUGGAUUUGAAGCUUUCUUGUGGGAACAUUAAUAUUAAUGUGCAGAUUUUGGGGUCUUCACUUUACCUCACUGUAAUUUUCCCAUCAAGAGCCUCUUCUUCUACUACUUUUUUUUUUUUAAUUUCUGGUUUCCCGUUCUGAUGUAAGCCCUUUACAAUCCUUUUUUUUUUCUUGUUAAAAAUUUAAAAAGGGCAAAAUAUUUGUGGUUUCUUUGGCCAGUGCAAACGUAACGUAACAAUUAUUUCUAAAAACGA